UAGUUUCGGAUUCACAAAAAUCGCUAAAAUGGCAUUGCCAAGUGGAAUAUCGGCUUUGAUUUCAUCGACUCUGACAAUCCUGCUGUUUGCUGCGAUGCAGAUGUUCAGGCACCAGUUAGCUUCCACAGAGUAUUUAACAGUGGCCGGUGGAUUCAUUGGCUCCCUCUUGUUUAUUUUAAUGCUGACUGCUGUUGGAAACUUUGAAUCUUCAGCAUUUGGCAAAGGUUUCCAGACAAAACUUUUCCCAGAAGUUAUACUUUGUUUAGUUGCUGCAAUGUUUGCAUCUGGGCUGGUUCACAGGGUGUGUGCAACAACUUGUAUGAUCUUUUCCCUGGUGGCCCUCUAUUAUAUGAACAGAAUAGCACUGACAAAAUACGCGCCAGUUGUAGCCACAGCUACGCCAGCCAAGAAGAAGAGGAACUAAAGCAGAGAGGAGACAUCCUGUUGAUACAUCUUCAUCGAUCACAUCUUGUUUAUCUGUACACAUUCUGUAAUAAAUGGUACUUUAC